AAUAACGAUUUUUACACACACACACACACACAGAGUAUAUUCUUUUCUACUCUAGGCACAAGGCCUGAAAUUUUGGGGGAGGGGGGCCAGUCGAUUAGAUUGACUCAGGACGCAACUGCUACUAAAUUUAUCAACCCUGAAAGGAUGAAAGGCAAAGUCGACCUCGGCGGAACACACACAGUACAUUAAAUUAAUAAAGUGAUAUGAGACGAUGGUUGUUGUCGCUGGGCCUCACUCAACGUAAAGUAAAUACCAUCAUGAACAAUAUCCAAGCUAAAAUGGAGAGUGCAAACCACCGUAUUUGGUUAAAAAGAAAUGACUAGACGAAUACUCAAUGAAGCAUAGUAGCUGGCUAACCAAAGCAAAUGGGGCCUCAUCCCAGUGAGAGGACCGGUGUGCAAAAUGUACCUUCGAGAGGAAGUAUCCGAAUCUGCGCAUUCUCUCUCCAUAAGCCUGCUAGUGUCCGGUAUGCGAAGCUUUCAAUUGCUAGCACUUGUAUUUACAAGUUAUAUAUCAUUCAGAAAAAAUUAUAAAAACACCAUGCAGAUGAUGAUCACGGCGUAUAUAAUAAACAAUUUCAAGCAUAUUACAAAAAGAAAAAAAAAAUAGCCUGGAUCAUUCAAUAACGUAAUGUUCUAGCAGAGUUCGAUGAUGGAGAAAGACGGACUGGAAUGACAUCUAAAUAGUCAUCGUCAUUAGACUUUCUGCACGAGAUAAGAUUUUUUUGCGAACGACUUGCAGAUGCAAGUGUUACCAAUUGAAAGCUCCGCGUACCGGAUGCUAGUAAACUUACGGGGUCAUCAAGAGAGAAUGCACACCGUUUCGGGGCCUUCCUCCCGGUAACAUUAUUGCGCACCGGCCCCCAUCAAUGAGAUGACGCCACGCUUGCUAGAUCAACUUGUUAUUAGGUUUCGCUCAAUUUUCUUCUAGUCAUUGCUCAUCGUCUCUUUUUAACCGAAUCUAGUGACUUGCUUAAUCCACUUUAUAGAGACGAAAGCUUUUCAAAAAUAUAUAUCCAGGAACGUGGAAUUCAGUUAAAGGAAUAUUUGGAUACAUUCGUAGCCAGGCAAUACCAGGUGAGCCGUUUUCAUUCACCAAAUGUCUUUGACAAAAAAAAAAAAUCCUUAGCGAAAGAUAAAGAAAAAUAAAUUGUAUUUUGAUAUCAACCUGCCGGAGACCGGCCCUGUUCAAUGAUACCAACUUCAUUUAAAAGUGAUCUAAAUUAAAACCUCUCAUAAAAAUUUCGUGUUAUUUUAUAUUCCAAAAAUCCAGCACAAUAAUGACAUUGUUAUUUCAUUAAUUUCUUCAUUAUUUUCAGAAUUAAUUUAAAUAAAAGCGAUGUAUUACAACAUAUAUUCGGUAACGAAAUGGUUACAUAAAUAUCGCCGUUAUUUGAGAGCGUUUCUUGUAUAAUUUCAGUGUUAAGUCAUAAAAAUUGUUGUCUUAAUGUUUCAAACUUUUUAGAAAUUAUGAAAAACAUGAGGACAAGAGAAAAAAAAAAUGAUACUGGAACUUUGGUAAACAUAUCUAUGUAAUGGGAAGUCGACAACAAGGAAUAUUUUUUGCAAUCGAUAGGCGCAAGAGUAGCUGUGUGGUAAGUAGCUAAAAAAGAAAAGGAGUUUAUUGUUUUCAAACCAAGUUUUGAAAGCUAAUAAAUUUGAAGAAAAGUCUUCCUCUUGCUUUGAACUACACCACGUGGAACUACGCAAAGGAUUUAAUUCUUACAAGCAAAGUGACGACUGCAGCGGAGCCGGGAUCAAAUCAGGCCGGAGUACCGUUGUGGCCUGAAAAUUUGUUAUUCUGCCUGGAACUUUAUAUUUUAUUUAUUCUUCCUGGACUGUGAUUAAGAAAACCAAUAAACUACUAAUUACAAAAGUUUAGAAAAUUUGAAAUUCUGAAUUGAACCAAGCAUGGGUCAAUUGAUAAAACAUUAUCAGUUAGGGCAUUCACAGAAACCUGCUGGUGCAGUUGGCCAACAGAAGAACAAUACAGAAUGUGGAGCAACAGCUAUGAAUCCAUUUAUAGUGAAAGUUCUUAUUUCGAAAAUGGAACGUCAAGGAAAAAUUGAACAGCAUACAUUAAAGAAACGAAUAAUUAAUAACAGUUUGAGUCUGGAGCAGAGAUACCAAACACUUUUCCCAAAACUACCAGCAUAUAAGGAUAUGAGAACUGAAAGACAGAAGCCUUUUAGUAAAACACUUUUCAAACGAUUAGCACAAGUGUUACUGGCUUUUUAUCGACUUUUUGAUAGCCCAAAAGUAAUCAAAGAGUUCCAUCAUGAGAUGCCAUUUACAGGCAGACUGACAACAGAAAGUAUUAUCCUAGAACCAGAUGACGGAUUAAGGUAUCGGUCUACUGAAAGUGAAAUUCAUGAUGCUCAGAAUCAAUGGCACGCAGCAAUAAAUAUUGCAGCACUUAUGGCCAAGAUUAAAGGAGACACACUGCAUCCAGAAAGUGUAUCAUCAAAUGUUGAAGAUCUCUCUUUCAAUCCUAGUUAUUUCAAAGUAGACAGAGAGACAACAAUACUAAGCGAAGAAGCUCAAAAUAUUUUGAGACAAAUUCCAGAGAGAAGAUUUCCUGAAGAUGUAAAAAUAGUUGUAAACUGUCUUCAGAAUGCUGGCCUUGCCUGUUUCUGUAACUACCCAGAUGAAAUUCAGAAGAUGAUUGCCAAAAUAGCAGGCUAUAUGGUGGUGACACCUAAACGUGUAAUCAUUCGACAAGGAAUAUGUGCUGAACACUUCUACUUCAUUAUUGGAGGUCGAGUGAUGAUCUCAGAGAGAGAUUAUAGAAAAGAUGGGACAGAAAAAGAAAAGAUAACAACCUUACAUCCAGGGACAAGUUUUGGAGAACUAGAUAUGGUAAACCACACACUUCGAAAAUUUAGUGCUACCAGUAUCAACACAGUUCAGUUACUCACCAUUGAACGGGAUGAUAUACUAAAGGAGUUCACAAGUUAUAAAUACGACAAACAAAUACCAGACCAUAUUAAGUUCCUUGCACAAUGUAAAUUUAUGCAAUUCUGGCCAGUCGAGCGUUUCGGAAACAAUUUGCGGCAUUGUUUUGUAUAUUUUUUUAAAAGAGAUGUAGUGGUACUUGAAGACAGUCACAAUACAGAUUGGAUUUAUAUAAUGAAAAAGGGUAUAUGUAGGGUCAUGAAAAGAUUAAAAAAACCACAAAAACAACAUGUCAAUAUCUCCAAUAAUAGACUGAAAUUCGUCUCAAAUGCCAAUUUUGAACAAAUAUUUAAAUUACCACUGAGAAAAGGAGAUAAAGAUGAUAGGAUUUUGGGUAAUAUAGAAGUUAUUGAUUCAAUUGCAGACAGUGUAGAGUAUCCUAAAACAAGUUCAAACAAGUCUUCAACUGAAAGAUUAUGCAACAAAAAGAAACAUGUAAAUAAUGAUAACAACUAUAUAAGUGUGCAAAUUGAUUUGCUUAAAUGUAGAGAUGUUUUUGGUCUGGACACAUUGGUUUUUGAUGAAUAUUACAUACUUCCAGCCACUGAUAGUGUUAGCUUAGUCAGUGGUGGGGCAGAAAUAGUGUUGCUGUCAAAGAAAUUCUUCAUAAAAAAUGCUUCUGAACUAGUGAAAUGGCAGGUACGCAAACAAGCAAACAGCUAUCCUAAUAACAAUGACCUUGAUGUCAAACUGGAAAGUCAACAAAUGUGGGAUGAUUAUAAAAAGACUGUAAUGUCAGAACUAGUGAGUGGAAAAAUAAAAGAAACACCAAAAAUAUGGAAAUAAGUUCUAAUCAUUAUUUAAAGUCAUUAAUUUUGAAUUGUUUAUCAAAAAAGAAAUAAGAAAGUGAUAUGGAAAGAUAAAUCUGAAACAAAGUGAGAAUGAAUAUCAAGUCAAACUAGAAAGGAUGGCAUGAAUUUCUUCUUUGUUGAAAUCAGUUCUAACUUCUUAAAAGUGGUUUAUAAUAAAACUUUUCUCUUGAA